AUGGAUAAGUUUCUCGUAUUUAAAUCUAUCAACCCUGGUGCACCUGCAACUGCACAGGCUUCAAAGCCAGCAGCUGUUGUUGCUCCUGUUGCUGCUACAAAGACAGCUACAAAGACAGACCAACCAAUAAAGAAAGCAGCUGCAGUUAAACCUACUGACAACAAAGAUAAGGAUAUCACUACAACACCACCUUCAUCUACCACUACAUCAACACCAUCAACAACAGUCGCUCCUCCAACUACACCAAAGAAAAAGAAGUCUGCUGGUGAUAAAAAGGAGGAGAAAAAGACAACUGCUACCGCCGCCACCACCAAGACACCAAGUAAAGAUGCAGCUGUAACAAAAGCACCAACAUCAACGGCAACAAAGACAGGAUCAACAGAUUCAAAGGAAGGUGAUGCACUUCACCAAACCUGUGUGACCAAUUUUUUCAAGCCAUUGUCUGGUGACGUACAAGUGCACAAGUAUCUUUUUGAAAAGGAGGCUGCUGAUCGUGCAGAAAGAGAAAGAAUUGAAAAGGAAAGACAAGAAAAGGAGGAGGAACUCUUACGUAUUAAAAAGGCAGAGGAUCGAAAGCGUAAGGCAGAACUCAAAAAGAAGAGAGACGAGGCAAGAAGACAACAGGAAGAAGAUGAUUGGGAAGAGUACCAACUCAUUCAAGAAAGAAGAACAAAGGGUGUGGAAAUUAUUCCAGGUCUUUAUCUUGGAUCGUUUGUGGCUGCCAAAAAUGAAGAAUGGCUUUUGGAGAAAAAUGUAAAGAGAAUUGUCAAUGCAACUUCAGAAGUUAAGUGUUAUUUCAAAGAAGAGUCUAAAAAAGAAGAGGAGGAGGAGGAGGAAGAAGAGGAAGAAGAAGAGGAGGAAGAAGAUGAAGAUAAAAAGGAAAAUGAAGAAGAAAAGACUGAAAAGAAAGAGGAAGAUAAUACCACAGAUAAAAAGGUGGAUGAAGAAAAGAACCAAGAUAAAACAAAAUUGGUAUCAACAUCAGAACCAACUCUAGUUGAUCAAGAUGUUAAAAUGGAAAUGGAACCAGUUAAGCCAGAUUUGGUAGUAGAGUCCAAACAAGAAGACAAAGAACCAAAGAAGAAUGUUGGACAAGAAGAAGAGAAGAAACAGGAAAAUGAAGAGCUUAACAAAGUUGUAGAAGACAAAAAGGAUGAAACUGACAAGAAAGAAGAUCAACCAGUUCAACCAAAAUUGGAGAUUGAAUAUUUUAGAAUUCCAAUUGCAGACAGUUCCAAAUCACCAAUUGAAAAUUUUUUCAACGAUGCUUGUGAUUUUAUUGAUGAAGUUUUAAAGGAAAGAGGAGAUGACAGUGUAGUGGAUGCACCAGUUGCCUCUGACCAACAAUCAUUAUUCAAGAGUGUUUUAGUACAUUGUAAACAAGGAAGAAGUAGAUCGCCAUCAGUUAUUAUGGCUUAUUUAAUUAGAAACAAGAAAUGGACAUUGGAAAAGGCUUGGACCCAUGUUUCAGCAACCGCUGACAAAUCUUUGACUGUCAAUGAUGGAUUCAAAAUGAAAUUGAUGGCAUAUGAAGUGUCGAUUCAUGGAUCACAAUCUUUGGACUUUUUCGCUUCAAAAACCAGAUCUGAAUCCUCUGUAUCAAACACUAGAUUCAUGAAAUCGUUAGAGAACCUCAAAUCUAGACGCGAAUCCAAACAACAACAAUUGGAACAAAUCUCAAAGAAUCCAUCCUACAUUAACGAAGAAUCAGAUCGUUUAAAUGAUUGCAUUGUCAACGAAGAAGAUGACGAUGAUGAAGGUGUAUCAAAGAAUUUGGAUGAACUCAAGAUUGUUAAAAAACGUAGACCAGCAUCCAAUCAAAUUGAUGAUUAA